CGUGCCGUACCACCCUACGCCUAAAGCACAGUCACAUGUGUGCUUAUGUAUCGCUAUUCGAUUGGAAGAGAAAAAAAUAUGAAAAAAGCAGUUAGCAAUAUUAGGGUUCAUCGAAUUGGGAACUGAUGUGUUGCAAAACUAGGGUUCUAUGUUGUUGCAGGAAUUGGGAUUAGAUCCGUCAGUUUGAAAACACUAAACCUAGUCUUCUCCUUUCUUCUUCCCGUCGACAUCGAAUCAGUGACUCCGACAUCGUUAGUGAGUGCUGCUUCUCAUCGAUUUCUACUGCAACAGAGGUCCUUCCACGAAUCUAUAAGAGUAGAGCCAGAGAAUACUCAUUUGAUCUGCUUUAGCAGCUGCCAGCUUUUUUUGUAGUAAGUUGAGGGGAUAGGGUCCGGCGAAGAAGGAGAAGAUGACAAUGGCAGUGAGCUUAGGGAUAGUUGUCGUUCCGUCGUGUUCCGGAGAUCGCCUCUUCCGAUCUAACUUCUCGGCCGUCUGUAGCGUCUCUUGCGGCCGAAUCAAUGUCGGAACCGUCGUAAUUUCGACUCGCCGACGCCGUGAUAUGGGCGGGUUAAUGAUUUCUAGCUGUAUCUCUUCGGAUUCUUCUUCUUCUUCGUCAUCGUCUUCCUCUGUGCCAAAGACGAAACUCUUUGUUAGUGGGCUUUCAUUCCGAACAACUGAAGAUACCUUACGGGAUACAUUUGAACAGUUUGGCAAGCUUGUACACAUGAACUUGGUGAUGGAUAAGGUAGCUAAUAGACCAAAAGGUUUUGCCUUCCUACGGUAUGACACAGAGGAGGAGGCUAUGAAAGCUAUUGAAGGGAUGCACGGAAAGUUUUUGGAUGGAAGGGUUAUAUUCGUAGAAGAAGCUAAAAGCAGAUCAGAUAUCUUCAGAGGUAAACCCAGACCAGACUACCCCAAAGCUCAAUCAAAACCUCGCACCUUUCGUACGUGGUAGCUGUUUUGAUUCUGUCUUCAUACUGUGUAAUGAAUUGUAAAAUUUUGAUCUACCUUCUUAGAUUAUACAAUGGAGUCACUUGUCAACUCCUACCAUGGUUUUACUAGUAUAAACUAAAAUUAACAUUUUUAAAAAUAACAUUUGCCA